AUGGAGGGCGGCGGUAGGGUACGUCAGACUGCUGCUGCCGUUGCUGUUGGCAACAAGCGAGGACGUACCGUUAAAAAAUUAGCCGUAAAGCCAACAAAAGAAAAUGACGAAUUAUCAUCAAAAUCAUCCACCACUCAAACGACACCAGCCACAGCCACCGACUCGCUGACUUGUAUCGUUGAUGCGUCUUCGUCCUCCCCAACCAGAAAGAUUCCCAUUAUUCGUAUUGCGAGAAUAAGCAGAGAAAAACUUGCCGAGAUGAUUGCGAUGGUAACUUUUGCAGAAAAGGUGAACGAACUGAAUAUUGAGGAUUUCAAGCGACGUUUUCGACAGAUUCAAUUACGCGGUGCAUAUCCGAGUAAACUAACGAAAAUCGCACACGAACAGAACACAGUGAAGUGUCGUUAUAAUGAUAUCGUUUGCUUAGAUGAUAGUCGAGUUAUACUGAAACCAAUGCCAAAAUUCAGUGGUGAUUUCAUUCAUGCCAGUUGGGUAACACACGAAUUCCUUGGUAAAAAGUUCAUUUGCACGCAGGGUCCAUUAGAGAAUACAAUAGCUGAUUUUUGGCGAAUGAUAUGGCAAGAACGUGUUGAAGUAAUAAUAAUGCUAUGUGAGUUAUGCGAAGACGGUAAUCAGAAAUGCGUACCCUAUUGGCCGAUCAAAAUUAACGAAUCAAAACAAUUCAACGGAAUUACGAUUUUGAAUAAUGAUAUACAGUGUCGACAUGGUGUGGUAUUAACGGUUUUAUGGAUAAGUUACGAGAAUGAGACGAGAAAAGUGCGACAUUUUCAGUGGAAAGAUUGGCCGGAUCGAUUCGCACCAAAGCAAUUAAUAACACCGUACACUUUGCACGGCAUUGCAAAUACGGUCAAAUCGCCUGCAGUAGUGCACUGUUCAGCUGGCAUUGGGCGGAGUGGCACUUUUAUUAUGUUGGAAAUCGUUUAUAGAUGUCUCCGAGCUGGUAAGGAUCGCUCAGUGGAAUCGUUACUAUGGGAAUUACGUUCACAACGUGCUGGUGCAGUGCAAACAUUCGAUCAAUUCUUAUUCAUUUAUUAUGCAACAAUACAACGACUUAUCAACCGAGGCACCGUCGAUCCCGCAUCUGUGUCCACAAAACCUGCAGAAAAACCAACCGCAACGAAGAAACCAUGUAAAAAAACAUCGGAUGUGCCGCGGAAAGCGGAACACAAAACGCAAAAAGCAACAGAUGCAAAGAAACAAAAGGCGAGUGCUGCUUUAUUGAAGCAACCAGCAAAGAGUGUCAACGGCCCCGAACUACGUUCAGAUCUACGAUUAAAAGAUGCAUUGAUGAUUGCGAACGAGGAUAAUCACAUCGAGGAUGCUAAAGUAACGUCAGAUCAAAAGCGUCCAAAGGAGAACAAUAACACCCCCACCAAACGACCUCCAAAAGAAGAAGCGCACACACCACCGAGAGCAGACGUGAAGUCGUUCUCGAAAGAAGAAUGUCAGCAGUCGUUGGCAGACUUAGAGAAUUUUUCAGACGAGGGCUACUUCGCUCAAUCAUCCCCGAAAAAGAACCCAUCGAAAGAUUUCAGCAAACAUUUGAAAGACUCUCUUCCCGGUAAAAUGUUGAGAAAAGAAACAAGAAAAGACUCACCAGAACGACCCAAGACAGAUAAAUCAAAGCAAUCAAAGCAAAACACAUCCAAACCGUCCAAAAACGAGACUGUCGAUGCAGAAGAGAAGUAUAUGUUCGAAGUAAAAACGUCACAAGCAAACGCUAAGGAUGACUCAGCAUGCGCUACGAAGGAUUUGAGGAAAGAGGAUGCGCAAAGUUCAGGGUCUGACGAAAUGCGAAGUCCAUUUGAAUAUGAAAGUAAUGAUUUCUAUGAAGAAUAUCACGCACCAGGACCGAGGAAAAGUCGUAGUUAUUUGGAUGAAUACGCCGAUUCGACGACAGGAACUGACACCGAUGCUGCGCUAGCAUCAUGUGCGACAACUCAAGAUCGACAAUCGGAUAUUGACCAGUCGAAGAAAUCAACGUCACAAUCGAAUAAACAAUCUUCGGAAAUCGUUUCAAAACAACAGCAAAACCCUUCAACGCAACAAUCCUGUCAGGAGGAACAAGGAUUCAUUGGCAUCGAUGUCCUUCACCUAACACACGCAUGCGAUUCUGAUUAUAUUGCACAGGACAUGGCUCAGUUUGAUGUUAAUCAAAAGAAAUGCCAACAAGAAGUUAUUUCUAAGAAUCAAAAGGAUUUAGAUAUUGAUCAAUCUCCAGAAGAUAUGAAAGAUGAAGAUUUCUUUGUUGGGGUUAGUUACGAGUCUGAUUUAGUGUUAGCGAGCGAUCUGAGUAGAUGCUAA